CCCGGCCCCUCCCGGCCCACCCCGCCGCGCCGCCCCCAUCGCCGGGCCCCGCGACCCCCGCCCGCCGCCCGGUCAUGAAGUUUUUGCAACUUUUUGGGCGAUUGCAGUCUGUUGUCAUUGGAAUGGUCCAUGUGAAAGCACUGCCAGGAACACCCAGGAAUACAUUGCCGGUGGCUCAGAUCACCGAAGAGGCCUGUCGGGAAGCUGAAAUUUACAAGGCUGCAGGAGUUGAUGGCUUGAUUGUUGAAAAUAUGCAUGACCGUCCAUACACUGUCUGCAUUGGUGCAGAAAUUACCGCAGCCAUGGCAGUAGUUUGUGCCACCGUGAAACAGACACAUCCUUCUCUCCCGCUGGGCAUUCAGAUUCUGUGCGCUGCAAAUCGGCACGCUGUAGCCAUUGCUCUUGCUGCAGGUCUUGACUUUAUCCGAGCUGAAGGCUUUGUUUUUUCUCACGUGGCGGAUGAAGGGAUUCUAAAUGCGUGUGCCGGAGAUUUAUUAAGAUACCGGAAGCAAAUAGGAGCAGAACACAUUCAAAUUUUUGCUGAUGUUAAGAAGAAACACAGUGCGCAUGCUCUGACAGCUGAUGUCAGCGUAGCAGAGACUGCGAAGGCUGCUGAAUUCUUUCUGGCUGAUGGAGUUGUAUUGACAGGAACCGCAACAGGAUUGGAGGCAGAUCCCAAAGAACUGGAAGAAGUCCGACAUGCUGUGAAGAUUCCAGUAUUGAUUGGAUCUGGAGUGACUCUGGAGAACGUGAAAGACUACUUGGAUGCGAAUGCCUUGAUCAUUGGUUCACAUUUUAAGAAAGAAGGCUACUGGGCAAAUGACAUUGACUCAGAUCGCGUGAAGAGGUUUAUGGAUCAUAUCGGUAAACUCAGAGAGAGAAAUUGUUAGAAUCUUCCGCCAUUAAUAUUCUAAUUGGGUUGUACUGAACAGUACCAUUGAAGUUUUUCAAGUUGGUGUGAUCUGCUCUGAGCCUGCUUGUGGGGAGAGUGGACUGCAAAUUGAAUGAAUGAAUGAAUGAAUGAAUGAAUGAAUGAAUGAAUGAAUGAAUGAAUUUUACCUCAAGCAGAAGCCAGAUUGAUCUCCAAACUAAGGAGGGUCAUCUGGUCCUCUUGGAACUUUCAAAUUCUCUCCCACGAUCUGUUUAGCUCCUUCUUUCAUGUCAUUCAAGAAGCAGGUAAAGACAAUUCUGUGUGAUUCUUCUUUUGGAAAUUAGGCCUUUGUUGGUUUGUCUUUUAAAUUUUUGGGAUUAACUUUACUGUGUGAUUUUUAAACAUUUUUUUGGGCUUUGAUUGGAGAGGAGCCACUGAAAUGAAAAAUGGUUAGAUACCUAUAAACACAGAAAAUUCAAGCAUUUCAGUCCAGCAUCACACUUGUGUUGUAUAGUCCGUGCUUUUAAAUAAAAAAUGCAUUAUCAGGAAA